AUGGCUACAGAGAGACCUAAGAGUGGAUAUCAGGUGGCAAAAACUGAUUGGCAAAUAUUUACAAAUAAUGGAAGAUUUGAUAAUAAAUUACCACCAUCUCAACGUCUUAUUCGCGCAAAAUCAGCGGGUUAUAAGGUUUUCGUGCUGCCUAUACCGAAACCUGUGAAACCGAAACACGCAAAGCCGAUAACUGAAAAGGCACAACCGCAAGUAGAUAACGUCGAAAAUUGUGUUCUGGUAUGGUUGCAUCAAUCCAUGGACGGCAAAAGUAAGGUCAGCCAAGAAUCAAAAACCCAAUUGCAACAAAUUGUGAAUUCUGUCAAAAUAUUUGCGGAUCCAACAGAAUGUCAAGGAUUCAUGUCCAGUGUCAGAGAUGAAAAGAUUUUUGUAAUUCUCUCAGGCGCAGUCGAAGAGAACUUUGUUUCAAAUAUACACGAAGAAAAGCAGCUCGAAUCAAUCUAUGUUUAUAAUCCAAACAAAGUAAAAGAAGAAUCUUGGUAUAGUCAAUAUCCAGAAAUUCGUGGUAUUUACACCACUCUAGUAUCGUUGUGCGAACAAUUAGGCAAAGAUGUAAAAUACAUCGAUAGCACUCUUUUAAGCUUUGAAAUAAUGGAAAAAUCAUUGUCAAAAAAUUUAUCUAAGCAGAGUCAACAAGAAGUAAUGUUCAUGUACGAUCAGUUGUUUCGAGACAUUGUUUUAAAAGUACCAGACGAGAACAUGGAAGAUAUGUAUGAAUUUUGUGAAGAAAAAUAUCGAAAAAAUGAUGACGCACAAACAUUUAUCAAACAACUCAGAAAAACCUACACUGCUAAUGAAGCCAUCUGGUGUUACACUCAAGAUCAAUUUCUUUAUCGUAUGCUGAAUAAAGCUCUUCGCACUCAUCAGUACGAUACACUUUAUCUUCUGCGCGUAUUUAUUCGUCAUCUUCAUGAACAAAUCGCAAAAAUACAAGCAACAGAAAGUAUCGCUGGAAAGAAACUGUAUCGUGGACUACCAAUGGACAAUGAAGAUUUUGAGCAACUUAAAAAAAACAAAGGUGGACUUUUAUCUACGUCAAUGUUUCUUUCUACCAGUGUGGAUCGUGAAGUUGCUCUUGGUUUUGCUAAGCCACCUCCUGGAAAUAAUAAGAAAGUAGGCGUUUUAAUGGAAAUCACAGUCGAGAAAAAUACGGGAGUUCCUGUAGCGAACAUAGCUGCUAAUAGCCAAUUUAAAAACGAAAAGGAGUGGCUAUUUUCCAUGGGAUCAGUGUUUCGUAUCAAUUCACUAGAACACUUAUCUAACGAAGGAAUAUGGGUUGUCUCUUUGACAUUAACAGACGAGCAUGACCAGCGUCUUACUGCUUUGAAAGAACAUUUUAAAAAGUCUAUGGAAAACAGUAAUAAUUGCUUGAAUUUUGCUAAAUUAAUGUACCAAUUAGCAGCAUGGAAAAAAUCUGAAUAUUUCUAUUUAAUGGCACUCCAGAUGGAAACUUCACCACAACUUCGUUCAGUAUUAUACAACAAUCUAGCAAUGGUCAAAGGUGAAUUGCAACAGUAUGGUAUAGCACUGCAUUAUUAUAAUGAGUCGCUUACAUUAGAGGACAGAGUAUCGAGUAAAGCAACAACAUAUAACAAUAUUGCAACUCUUUAUCGUAAACAAAAGAAAAUGGAUAAAGCUAUUGAAUAUUUUCAAAAAGCAAUCGAAAUCUGUGAUACAGAAGAAACUAAGGACGAAGAACUGGUAGCUAUAUUGCACACUAAUAUAUCUUCAAUCCUUAAUGAUCAAGGCAAACACGAUGAAGCUCUUCAAAAAUGUCAUGAAGCACUCGCGAUUCAAACAAGAAUUUUCCCAGAGAUUCAUCCAUCCAUAGCAUGUACAUACAGUAGCCUUGCUAAUACAAUGUCUCACAAGAAAUUAUAUACAAAAGCUGUUGAGUAUGCUGAAAAAGCUUUCAAUAUUGAUCAACAAUCUUUACCACCAGAACAUCCUCAAACAUUGCUCCACAAGAAUAAUCUUGAAAUAUACAAACAACAACUAGAACAGCAUCAACAAUCUGAUAAAUGA